GAUUAGUCUAGGAGUUCCUCAGCUACCCUGCUGAAACACUCUGCUGUUCACUCACCAUCCAUCCACCAGACUCUCAGGAACCAGGGCGCUCACCAUGGAGAACGUGGCAGUAUUUGACUCACCUGGGAAGGGGAGGGGUUUGAAGGCGACCAAGGAGUUCUGGGCUGGAGAUGUCAUUUUCUCAGAGGCCAGCAUUUCAGCAGUUGUGUUUGACAGUCUAACAGAACGCAUUUGCCACAGCUGCUUCCGCAGACAAGAUAAAAUCCAGCGAUGCGGCCAGUGCAAAUUUGCUCAUUAUUGUGAUCGUACCUGCCAGCGUGCUGGCUGGGCUGAACACAAGCAAGAAUGCAGCGCCAUCAAAGCUUAUAGCAGUGUACCAAAUGAGAACAUCCGACUGGUGGCUCGCAUCAUGUGGCGAGUAGACAAGGACGGCAGCUUGUUGUCGGACACGCAGCUAACCACGCUGGAGGAGCUGGAAGACCACAUCACUGACAUGCAGGAGGACGAGCUGAAAGAGUUCAAAGUGGACAUCCACAACUUCCUGGACUACUGGCCCCGUACCAGCAAGCAGCUGGCAAUGCGAAUGCAGACAGAGAUGGAACUGAGGAUGUUCAAACAGAACGAGUACGUUUACCACAGUAUGAGAGGCGGCCUUGAAGAACAAACCGAUGACCAUGAUGCAUGAACCAAAAUCUAUGGAGGAGAGAAUCAAGAACCUCUUCCACCGGAGG